AUGUCGAGUGCUGACAGAAUCGAUUUUGAGAUGGAGGUAGAAGUUGAGAGUGCUUCGUCGGGUCCUCCGGUGGAUUUGCCUAACCCAACCUCUCCGGCUCCUCCGCCCUCAAGCAGUGCGAAGUGCGUUGUAGUAACAACAGCCACAUCUGGCUCAGUCACAGUGUCUCUUCAUCCUUUGGUCAUAAUGAAUGUUUCUGAACAUUGGACGCGUUUACGAGCUCAAGAAGGGUCACCUCAGACUGUUAUAGGAGCACUAAUAGGCAAACAAAAAGGUCGGAAUAUAGAAGUAAUGAAUUCAUUUGAACUUGUCUUUAGUGUCAUUGAUGGAGACAUUAUUAUAGAUAGAGAUUAUUACAAUUUAAAAGAAGAACAAUUUAAGCAAGUAUUCUCGGAUAUGGACUUCCUCGGAUGGUACACAACAGGUGAGGUACCCACUGAAAGAGAUAUUGCCGUUCACCGUCAGAUCUGUGACAUCAACGAAUGUCCAGUCAUGUUGAUGUUAAACCCGGCAGGGAGGAAGGGUGAUCAAUUACCAGUAGUUUUAUAUGAAUCAGUGAUAGAUGUUGUGAAUGGACAUGCCACUAUGCUGCUCGCUCCACUGACAUACACCUUGGCUGCCGAGGAGGCUGAGAGGAUCGGAGUGGAUCAUGUAGCGAGGGUGUCAUCCGGUGAAGCUGCUCUUAAUAGUUUAGUGGCGGAACACCUAACAGCUCAGCGGUCGGCCAUCAAGAUGCUGGUGUCCCGUGUGCGUGCUGUGUUGGCGACUGUACGCGCGGUCCGUGACGGAACCCUGCCGCCAAGGCCCGCCUUGUUGCGUGAGGCCCGCGCCCUCGCUAACAGACUGCCGCUGCUCACUUCACAACAGUUCCGAACGCACUUUUAUAACCAAUGUAACGACGUGGCGCUUAUGACUUACUUGGGUACAAUCACUAAAGGCUGCAACGCUAUCAAUCAACUGGUCAACAGAUUUAAUAUAUUGUACGACAGGCAAGGCAUGGGGCGACGUAUGAGAGGGCUAUUCUUUUAG